CUUUCUUUUAGGUUUAGCUUUAAACACCACCUUGAAGAUAUACUCUGCCACUCAGGUCUAGAUGAUUCAGUAGCCUCAAGAGGACAGCCAGCACCAACAGAGGAACAUCACAGAGUUGUGGGUUCAGCCAUCAUCAAUAGCUGGGCAAGAACUGCUCUCCAGAGUGGAGUCCCCCAGUGAAUCAGCAAACCCAAGAAAGAUUGUCAUCUCAUUUGCUUAAAAGUCAGCUGGUGGUUCCUGCUGCCUCACAAAUACACCAACCCAUUUUUUUAAAUAACAUCUUCCCCAUCCUCAACUAUAUAAACAUACUUAGAAACAUAGGAAGUGGCUACUUAUUAACCUGAAACUAUGAAGUCUAAGGUCAGCUGUGCUCAGAACCCAACUUGUAGCAUAAUGAUAUUUCAUCCAACCAAAGAAGAAUUUAAUAAUUUUGAUAAAUACAUUGCUUACAUGGAAUCCCAAGGCGCACACCGAGCAGGCCUGGCUAAGAUAAUUCCACCAAAGGAAUGGAAAGCCAGAGAGACCUACGAUGACGUCAAUGACAUCCUAAUAGCCACUCCUCUGCAGCAGGUGGUCUCUGGGCGGGCAGGUGUGUUUACACAAUACCAUAAAAAGAAGAAAGCCAUGACCGUGGGGGAGUAUCGCCACUUGGCUGACAGUGACAAAUACCGCACUCCACCGCACCUGGAUUUUGAAGACUUGGAGCGAAAGUACUGGAAGAACCGCCUGUACGACUCUCCGAUUUAUGGCGCCGACAUCAGCGGCUCCUUGUUUGAUGGAAACACUGAACACUGGAACCUUGGAAACCUGGGAACAAUUCAGGACCUGCUGGAACAGGAGUGCGGGGUCGUCAUCGAAGGCGUCAACACGCCCUACCUGUACUUCGGCAUGUGGAAGACCACCUUCGCUUGGCACACGGAGGACAUGGACCUGUACAGCAUCAACUACCUGCACUUCGGGGAGCCCAAAACGUGGUACGCGGUGCCCCCGGAGCACGGCCGACGCCUGGAACGCCUGGCCAGGGAGCUUUUCCCGGGCAGUGCGCGGGGCUGUGAGGCCUUCCUGCGGCACAAGGUGGCUCUCAUCUCGCCCACUGUGCUCAGGGAGAAUGGCAUUCCCUUCAGUCGCAUCACCCAGGAGGCUGGCGAGUUCAUGGUGACGUUCCCCUAUGGCUACCACGCUGGCUUCAAUCACGGCUUCAACUGUGCCGAAGCCAUCAACUUUGCCACCCCGCGCUGGGUCGACUAUGGCAAAGUGGCGUCUCAGUGCAGCUGUGGGGAGGCCAGGGUCACGUUUUCCAUGGACGCUUUUGUGCGCGUUCUGCAACCCGAGCGCUACGAGCUGUGGAAACAGGGCCAAGACCAGGCGGUCGUGGACCACACGAAGCCCACGGCAACAGCAAGCCAGGAACAGACCGCCUGGAGGGAGGCCCGGGUACCCGCGAGAGCUGCACGGGGCCUGCGACACCUCCCGCCCCGCCGGGCUCCACGCAUCCCUAGGCCUGUAGCCUCCGGCAGUGGACCCCGCCUCUGCGUCCCGGUGGGCCAUGUGCCCCGCUGCUCCUCCGCAGCCCACAGUGUUGCUGUAAAGCCUGAGACCACCGCCACCACCACUGCCACCGUCCGCGACUCUGCGGAGCCAGACCUGACCCCACCGCAGACCCGGGGUCUGCCCGCCCCCCAUCUCCAGACUUCACCUGGGAGAAGAGGUCGUGGUCGUCGUCCUCGGGAAUUUGCGGCUAAGGAGCAGACCGUCCAGGCCCCUGCCAAGAGACGCCUUUCUGUGGGCACAGCGCGCAUGUCUCUGGAGCCUGAGGCUCAACUCCUGUCUGGGGGUGGACCUUUGGUGGACCACCCUGCACCUCUGAGCCCUGGACCCCAGCGUCCUGCUAAAACUUCUGGGUGCUGUUGUGCCCCACCCCACUAG